AUAGCUAAUUCGGAAGUUUGGUAAUUAGCUAAAUGAUCGUUAUCGAGCUACCCUACGCUACUGGUGCGAGGUACGGCCUGGAAGGCUGCCUGUAGUCUUAUAGCAGAUAAUUAUAGGACAUUUAUACAGCUAUAUCAGUUUGAUCGUUACCGCUGUGCAUUAGGCGAUCAAGCCAUGGCGUCGAAACAGCAGCAAUCGUUGAGUAUCACAGCCACAACGAUAGCCCUACGUGGUGUGAGGAUCUUCCUCAACGCCGGCCGUGCUGCAGCAGAGAGGAGAGUCCCUGAAACUCCAGCUCCGAAGGCCAAGAGGCCAAAAUCUGUUGUACAGGGGACCAGGCCGCCGCAGAAGGUUUUCGAUACCCUCGCGAAGACAACCAGGUUUAACAAAAAUGAGUUGGAGGCUUUAUUCUCCAUGUACAAAAAGCUGGUGAUGUCGGCGCAGGCCACAGCUCCGCCGGCAGCCAUAGGACAAGCUCCAGCUAAAGUUGAUGGUAUAGACCAAGGUACAUUCCGGGAUGUGAUGCACAACACCUUCGACCUGGUUACAGAGGAGACUAUACUAGAGCGAGCGUGGGUCACGUGGGAGCGCGGUCCCACUGGUGGGGAAGGGGCGUUGAAGUUUGAAGCCUGGGUGCGAGGUCUCAGCAUACUCUUGAGAGGAACUGAUGAGGAGAGGAUGGCGCAUUGCUUCGCUGUGUAUGACCUGAACAGUGACGGGUUCAUUACUAGGGAUGAAAUGUUUUUGUUGCUCAGGAACGCCCUGCUAAAGCAGCCUGGUGAUGAAGAUCCAGAUGAAGGUGUGAGGGACCUGGUGGAGCUGGUCCUCAAGAAACUGGACGUGGACAAGGAUGGGGCUGUCUCGCUUGAUGAUUACAGACAAGCCGUGGAGCAGGAGCCACUGUUGCUGGAAGCAUUUGGUCAAUGUCUCCCAACCAGGAGGCAAGCCACGGCCUUCCUCAAGACUCUCAGCGCCAAUAACAAUAAAUCUUCCUAAUUAUUGCAUAAAAAUAGCUGUCUACAUUCUGAGGAAAAUUUCAACUUAUGUUUAACUUAUCGACAGUGUUAUUAAGUAACAAUUGUGUUAGAGUUUAUUCACUCCGCCUGAAGGCAUGGCUUUUACGACUACCUACCGCCAUUAAACAAAAAUUCGCACACACAUUAGAGAGCUAAAAUAACCAACCAUUGCGCUGCUUUCCUCACGAUGUUUUCCUUCAACGGACGCAAGCGUGUUUGAACUUUAACAUAUGUUUAUUCUCAAUUUAAUGCGACUAGAUAGCUUGGCCAAACACAAACUUUACGAAGUUUGUACUUCUAUUAGAUUUGUCAUGUUUCUUUCGGUAUAGUUCAUAAGUGUACAUCAAUCUACACGUAAAACUUACAAUUUUUCAAAUGGUUUUCUGUUCCACAAUUGUUAAAAAUCUGUAAGGUAGAAAAAGGAAUUUUAUUUAUUCGUGGUAUAUUUAUAUAAUAAAAUUGUAUUAUAAAAAUAUACAUGAGUUAGAAACCCGAAUAAGUAAUUGUAAAAAACAUUUAAUGAAAUAUUAUAGAAUUUUAUACAACAAUUUGCAUUUUUCUCACAUUAGCACAUAUUUUUGUGUAUUGCACUUUAAACGUUGGUCUUCCUUUCUUGACAUUAACAAUAAUAAUACAAAAAUAU